GACCCCCGGUCCCGCUCGGGCUGUGGGAGCCAAGGGGACACCCUGGGGUGCUGCUUGGGCCGGACGGGAGCCCCGGAUGCCCUCGGCAGCGGUGCGGAAAGUGCGGCCGCCAAUGCUCAGGCUGAGGCGGCGGCGGGGCCGGGGCUGGGUCCGGGCGGGCGGAGCCGCUGCCGCCAUGGGAAUGCUCAACUUCACCCGAGAGCCGGUGCCGGAGGCGGUGAGCGCCGACAUGCACAACCUCAACCAGCUCAGCGCCCAGCAAUUCUCAGCGCUGACUGAGGUGCUUUUCCGCUUUCUGACAGAGCCCAAGGAGCAGGUAGAAAGAUUUCUGACUCAGCUCUCAGACUUUGCCACCAUGAAUAAAAUCAGCUUGGGCCCCCUGAAAAACAUUGUCAAAAGUAUUCUUCUGGUACCCAAUGGUGCCCUGAAGAGGAAUUUGUCUUCUGAACAAGUCAGAGCAGAUUUUAUAGCUCUAGGCCUCAGUGAAGAGAAAGCCAGUUAUUUUGCAGAACAGUGGAAGGUGAAUUCCCCCACCCUAACACGCCUGGCUGUGGGUCAGACACUGAUGAUUAACCAGCUGAUAGAUAUGGAGUGGAAGUUUGGAGUGACUGCUGGGAGCAGUGAGCUGGAAAAAGUGGGAAGUAUCUUCUUACAGCUGAAGCUGGUGAUUAAAAAAGGGAGCCAACUGGAAAACGUGUAUGUUGAGCUAACUUUGCCCCAGUUCUACAGUUUUCUGCAUGAAAUGGAACGGGUCAAAACCAGCCUGGAAAGCUUCAGCUGAAACUGAAACUGCACAGCCCUGAGCCGACACCUGUCCAGGAUGUUUAAUUCCUCUUCGUAGGUCUGCAGGUCUGCUCUUUCCCAGCUGACUCUUCACACCCUGAUAAGAGAAGACAAGCUGUGCGAUGAGCAGUGGUGUCAGUGGUGUCAUGGCCCAGCAGGACCCAUCAGUCCUUUAGAACCUGAAACAUGGGCUAAGUUUCAGCUUUUUCAAAGCACCUACAAGUCCACUCACAUUUUCUUUUUUUUUUUUUUUUUACUAUGCUAUUAUGAGAAACUGUGGUCAGAAGUAAUGUGGAUACCUUUACUAAUAUAGCAAAGAAAUAAACCCAUUCCCAUCCUGCUCCAUUUGUAUCAGAAUCUGAUUUUGUGAGAAAAAUAGAAACUGUAGCAAAAAAUCAUUUCGAAACAUAGAAGAAUUAGCAGAGAGGACAAGGAAAGCAAGGAGAGCAUCUAAUGUGGGGAAUCACUUAGUGCUGCCUUCAAGCCUCUCCCUGCUCUUGUAUUAAGAAACAUGUUGAUUAGCUUCUUCCCAAU